CAAUACCCCACCGAAAUGCGGUCCGCGGCCCUGAAGGCCAAUUUGGCAACAGGGCUUCUUUCUCCACCGUGGGCGGCAACCACCACCCUGGUUUGUGCUAUUGCCACAUUAAGGCAUCCCUUGCUUCACCCACAAAGAGGAACGGCCUCGACCCUCAUGUCCUCACCACUGAUCCCGGGCCGGGGAGCAGCCCAAAUCCUCUCAAGGCUGAAGCCAUUCAACAGACUGCAAGUAAUAUUACAACAUUUGAAGAUGUCUAAACAUACAGAUUCGACAGCUGAAGUGUUGUUGGAAAAGAGAGGAGGUGCAGGAAUAAUAACUUUGAAUAGGCCCAAGGCUCUCAAUGCACUAAAUCUUUCUAUGAUCCGACAAAUUUAUCCACAAAUAAAGACUUGGGAGAAAGAUCCUGAAACUUUUCUAAUAAUUAUAAAGGGAACUGGAGGAAAAGCUUUUUGUGCCGGGGGUGACAUCAGAGCCAUCACAGAUGCAGGGAAAGUUGGAGAUCGACUGGCACAAGAUUUCUUCAGAGAAGAAUAUAUGCUGAACAAUGCAAUUGGCACUUGCAAGAAGCCGUAUGUGGCACUUAUUGAUGGUAUUACAAUGGGAGGGGGAGUUGGCCUCUCAGUCCAUGGACAUUUCCGAGUUGCUACAGAGAAGACACUUUUUGCAAUGCCAGAAACAGCAAUAGGCCUUUUUCCUGAUGUAGGUGGAGGAUAUUUCUUGCCAAGACUAUCAGGAAAGAUUGGCUAUUACCUUGCACUAACAGGAUUUAGGCUGAAAGGAGGAGAUGUACUAAAAGCUGGCAUCGCUACACAUUUUGUAGAAUCUGAAAAGCUACCUGCCUUAGAGAAAGACCUGAUAGCACUGAAAUCUCCUUCAACAGAAAACAUUUCAGACUUAUUGAACUCUUACCACGCGAAGAGCAAAAUUGAUCAAGAAAAGUUUGUACUUGAUGAACACAUGGAGAAGAUUAACAGUCUUUUUUCAGCAACUAGUAUGGAAGAAAUUGUUAAAAAUUUAAAGCAAGAUGGUUCUCCUUUUGCCACUAAGCAGCUAGAGACUAUUAAUAAGAUGUCACCUACAUCCUUAAAGAUGACUCUCAGACAGCUCAGAGAAGGAGCUUCCAUGAGCUUACAAGAUGUACUCACAAUGGAAUACAGACUGAGCCAAGCAUGCAUGAAAGGCCAUGACUUCUAUGAAGGGGUUCGAGCAGUGCUGAUUGACAAAGACCAGUCCCCCAGAUGGAAGCCAGCUGCUUUAGAAGAAGUCAGUGAUGAGUUUGUGAAUGAUUGUUUUAAGCCACUGGGAAACAACGAUCUCAAGUUGUAAAGAUCAAGCCUAUCGACAUCUUAUACAUCUGCUUAAUUCUCUGAUAUAAAAGUUAAUAGUGCUAUAAUGGAGUUUGACAAGACUCUUUAGCUAGCCUGAGCUUUGUAAGUCUAUUUUUUUUGCAUUUGUGAACAUUCUCUUUAAUUAUGCUGCUGUAACACUGGUUAAUAAGGGGAAAAAUUACUUCAAGGCAAAUUGUUAUUUUUACCACUUUACACAAUGAUUAAUAUUUAAUUUUUUUAGCUCUUGGUUUAGGAGGAGCCUUUGGGGGAGACAGUAUAGUUAAGGGCUGACCUAAUAAGCAAGAAGUCAGGAGACCUUUGUCUGUCUGUGAUCCGUUAAAUUGGGAUGGUGCCUUAGAUUCCUUUUUAAACAAAUAUACUUAAAGCUUUAAAAUGGUUGGAACUACAAAGGAAAAUGCAAGACAUGCUGAGUCCAUGGUGUUAAGUAGUCUUUUCAAUAAAAGGUCAGACUGACACAUUAUUGGUCUGAGAGCAAGAAAUGGUUCUAUUGAUUUAAGAGUUGGUGGGUAUUCAGUCGUGCUACCUGAUGUAGACAUUGUUUCAAAUGUCAACAUAUUGCCCCAGCCUAGAGCACGCUUCUGUUUGCUUGUAAACCCAGUUUUUUGUGAUUUCAAAAACUGAUCUUGCAGUGGUGAAGACAUAACUGUCUCAGACCUUCGCCUGAACACUAAACAGCACGUUUCCUGUUCAUGUUAAUGAUUGUCUAAUGAUUUUAGUGGCAGAGCUCAGCCUCGUGCUACCAGCGGCUGCAGCUUUAUCUGCACCAACAGGCCUGGGUUCCCGCUUUCUUGUGCCCACGAACAUCCUUCUGGUGGGUGGCAAAUCCGGGAAAAGGAGGGGGAACACAGCAAUAUGUACUGAAGAUAACAAAUAGGGGAAAACAUGAAGUAUCUGCUGCUACACGGAUCGUAAACCUUUUUAACACAACAUAUCCUAAAAAAUGUAUUUGCUGGGAUCAAAAUUUAAAUGUGCAUCAAAAACCCCUCGUCAGAUAUGCAUUAAAGGUUGCUGGGUUCUGAUACUAGUAAUACUUGCCAGAGCCCCUUGAUAAAAGUAAAAUCUUUUGGGGGGGUUUGGGGUGUAAAAUUAAUUUUUCUAUUGUGUAUGCAACACAUAGCUACUAAGCUUUCUUCAGCAUUAAGACUGCCUGCUUUUUUUAUGGUUAAUCAAAUCAUAUAUCACUAUCUCUUCCUACUUGUUUCUACGGUUAUAGGCACGUCACAAAUACAAAUUUUGGGUUCUCUGAAGAUGAACCACUGAGACUAAAGGAAGAAAACUUUUGUUCAGAUAAGGUAGUCAGUAAUCAGCACCGGGGAAUCAAAAAGUCAGAGCUACAGCAGAAUCAUUACGGAGUUUUCAACGUUGGGCAGCUUUUAUUACCGACAGUAAUGGUCUGCACUGGCUUAAGGCUCUUUUCUUCCUAGAAGCUGUUGCCUGGAAACAAAGUCCAGGAAAUACAGGCAUCAAGGUGAACUACUAGAGUGACUUUCAAAGAAUUAGAGGUGAGCAAAAUGGAGAGCAAAACCAAGAAAUAGGGCACCUUGCUUGGUCACUAGAAUCUUUAAUAUAAAAUUGUUAAAAUUUAAGCUGCCAGUUAAUGUUACCAUGUACAUAUUUGUCAUGAGACAGUCAAAAGCAGUCGAGAGAUUUCAUUAAUAUCUCUAGGGUAACUUCUGAAAAUUACUUGAAUUUCUACCUCAUCCUGGUUUUGUAAGGAAUGUAAACCUUCCCCCCCUUAUUUUUCAAAAUGUUUAUAUGUUUUAGGUUUUUAAACAAAAGGAGCAAUCUUCAGCAACAUAUUUAAUGAGAAAGACAGUAAUCCCCAGGGAGUAGGGAUCACACCUUCUCGUAUAAAAAGGCCUCAAAACAUUUUAGCAAGAGUUUACUUCUGAAUCAAUAAACUGACUUGCACGGUCACUUGCUUCCAAAAUGUAUGUGGACGGGAAUUACCCCAAACUCAUGGUAACAAGCCCCUGUCCAAUCUGUGCAUUUUAUCAAAUGAGAGUCUACAAGCAAAUGGUAAGUUUCAUUUUAUUUGGUCCACAAGAAAGUAUUUUCCACAAAAAUAUUGUAAAAAUAUAUUGUAAUGUGUUUUAUUUGGGAAUACUGAUGUGUCUUACUACAGAAAUGUCACUUUUACAAAGUUGUGCUGCAGUUAAUGUGUUUUGAACCAUUAUGAGAAUAUCAAGUCAGUCACGUAGUACCCACUCAGACUAUACUUAAUGUUUCCUGGAGAAAAUAUAAAGCAAAUGUAUUUUUAACUCCUAAAUAGAAGUAAAUGUUUUUGCAGAGUAUGCCAGUCCCAUACUGGAGUGCCUUUAUUACAGAAAAUCAAGUCAGAGAAUCAGUGGCAACUUAGCUGGAAAGCCACUAUAAGUGGCUUUAUAAGACUAUAGCACAGUUUAGAGUAAUCUAAUGAUAAAUAACCAGAUGUCAUUUUAUUUUGGUAAAGAAGUCUUUAUAUUUAUUAUUAUGAUGUAUUACUGUUGUGCCUAUUAAAAAUACAGCAGAACUCUGGAAUGAGAUCUCCUUUGAUCUCUCACCAGGUUGUACUAUC